AUUGUGUUGCGGUAUGUUGGCUUCUUUGCAUCUGGCCCAUAGACCGGACGUUAUCGCCCAGAUUUCCAGGUCGUCGUUUUCCCUCCUUACACAUACGAGGAGGACGUGUAGGCGACACCCUGCCGUCCCUAUCCACGCAGAGCCCGUUUUAAACCUUGGACGGUUUCGUCCGCUUAUGGCCUCAGCUGCUUUGGCCGCCUCAGCUGCUAUCGGAGCGGUUGCAAGUCAGGUUAUCGGCAACAAGCGAGCCAUGGCGCCUAAGAUUGGUACCCACAGCGGCACCUUCCAUUGCGAUGAGGCCCUCGGGUGUUGGAUGUUGAAGCAGACGGCUCGCUUUCAAGACGCGGAAAUCGUACGGACGCGCGAUGCUGAGGUGCUCAAGGACUGCGACGUCGUGAUCGAUGUUGGCGGUGAGUAUGACCCGGAGCGGCUGCGGUUCGACCACCACCAGCGCAGCUUCGAGACCAAAUUCGAGAAUGGCUUCGAGGUGUCGCGCCUGAGCUCCGCCGGCCUGGUCUACAAGCACUUUGGACGGGAGGUCCUGGCGCGGGUGCUGGGCUGGCCGCAGGACCACCCGGACAUGGAGACGGUGUACCUGCAGGUGUACCGGAACUUCGUGGAGGCGGUGGACGCCAUCGAUAACGGUGUGGGCCAGUACGACGUGCCACCGGGCACGGCGCCCCGCUACGUCAACAACACCCAUCUGGGCUCCCGCGUGGGCGCACUCAACCCCCGCUGGAACCAGCCGAGCGACGAUGCAACGCUGUUCAACCAAUUCCUGAAGGCCGUUGAGCUGACGGGCUCGGAGUUCACCGCGGCGGUGGACUGGGUGGCUCGGGGCUGGCUGCCGGGGCGGCGGCCGGUGGUGGAGGCGCUGUCGCAGCGGCACCUGGUGGACUCGAGCGGCAAGAUCAUGCUGCUGCUGGAGUACUGUCCCUGGAAGGAGCACCUGUACGAGCUAGAGAAGGAGGUGGGCUGCGUGGGGGAGCUGCUGUUCUGCGUCUACCAGGACGACCGGGACAAGUCCUACCGGGUGCAGGCUGUGAGUGUUGGCCCGGGCAGCUUUGAGAACCGCCGCUCGCUGCCGGCCGCGUGGCGCGGUGUGCGUGACGACGCGCUGAGCGAGCUGUCGGGCAUCCCCGGCUGCGUGUUCGUACACGCUUCGGGGUUCAUCGGGGGCAACAAGACGCAGGAGGGGGCGCUGGAGAUGGCUCGGAAGGCACUGGUGAUGGACUGAGGGGGCUCGACU